UCCCUCCUCUCCACGUCAAGCCAAUGACACCGCGGCCCCCAAACUUUCCGCCAGCAGGAGCUAUAAGAGCGUCGCCGACUCCCACUUUCGCCCGACUCCCAGGCAGCUCCAAGGAGCCAUCGGGAGGGAAGCUGCCCCCCUCCGAGAGAGGCUUCCUCCUGGGCCGCCGCCUUCCUCCGGCUCCCGAUGGCCUCCCCCCGCCCUCCUCAGUGAGGUCCCCCCUCUCCCCCGCCCUUCCUCCGCGGCCGCCCCGGACUGCCGUCGUCGUCCUCCUCCUCUUCCUCCCGGCAGGCCCGCGAUCCAGCCAGGGAGAGCGCCGCCGCCCUCCCGCCUGCCUCGCCCCCUCGCCGGGUCGCUGGGCGCACUUGCGGGUCGGGCGAUGAUGCAGCAGCAGCAGGACGAGUCCAACUCCCCGGUCUCGCCCGCCGACGACAGCCUGAGCAACAGCGAGGAGGAGCCCGACCGGCAGCCGCAGCAGCUCCAGGGCUCCGGCAAGCGCGGCGGACGCAAGAGGCGCUCGAGCCGCAGGAGCGCGGCCGGCGGAGGGGCCGCGGGGGCCGCGGGGCUCGGCUCGGCAGACGAGCAGGGCAGCCCGGCGCAGGGCAAGCGGGGCAAGAAGUCGGCCGGGGGAGGCGGCGGAGGCGGCGGGGGGAGCAGCAGCGGCGGCGGGAGCCCCCAGUCGUACGAGGAGCUCCAGACGCAGCGGGUGAUGGCCAACGUGCGAGAGCGGCAGCGCACCCAGUCGCUGAACGAGGCCUUCGCGGCGCUGCGCAAGAUCAUCCCGACGCUGCCCUCGGACAAGCUGAGCAAGAUCCAGACGCUCAAGCUGGCCGCCCGCUACAUCGACUUCCUCUACCAGGUCCUGCAGAGCGACGAGCUGGACUCCAAGAUGGCCAGCUGCAGCUAUGUGGCCCACGAGCGCCUCAGCUACGCCUUCUCCGUCUGGCGCAUGGAGGGCGCCUGGUCCAUGUCCGCCUCCCACUAGCGGCCCGCUCCGCCGGCCCCGGCCCAGAUGACCUUGUUCCCAAAGAAGGAGAGAAAAUGGACAGUGGUUGAGAGACUCUGCACUUGGAUUUCCCCCCACCCCCUUCCUUCCUUUCCCCUAAGACAAUAAUGCCAAGGAUUUUCUUGGAAAUGUAGAAGCGUCUUGGCCAAGUAUGCAAAGAGCAGGGCGGGGAGCGUUGGAGGCCAGAGACCCAAAGGCCCCUCGGACAGGGAGGCGGCUGAUCCGGCGCGGCGGCUGAGCUGACCCACCACUCAUCUCUGCAUUCUGAUCGAAAUCUGAACCGGUUUUAUUUUUAUUUUUUUUUGACGAAGAAUGUUGGACUUGUAACUUUUUCCUUCCUUCCUUAUUUUGUGUUGUUGUUCUUGCAUGCAUGCAUUCCCGAGAGGUCUUAUGAGCCACUGAUGAAAGGAAAUCCGAUUGCUGUGGACUCCCCCCUCCCUCCGCCUUCAUUUUGAGCAGAUCUAGUGACAAUCCGCAUGGAAAGACCCCCUUUUUAGAGCGAGUGGAAAAGGGAAAUCUAUUUAAACCAAGAGUUAGGGGGGCAAAACAUUCUUGGCUCAAACUCUUCAUAUGCAAACCUAUCUGGUUCCUCUCCUGUUUUUUUUAAUUCUUCCUGUGGGGGGAGGAAAAGCCCCCCCCCCAAAUGAAACAUUCUAUUUAUUUAUUAAUGACCCAUGUUAAAAUGCAGGUAGAUCCGGCGUCUAAAUGCAUUCCUAUUUUUAUGAUUGUUUUGUAAAUAUCAUUGUAUAUUUUUCUGCAGUAAAUAAAUAUGACUGAACUGUUAAAA